ACAAAAAAUUCAAUUAAAACAAAUGAAAAAUUGUUUGAAUAUUUAGGAACAAGCUAAAUUAAAAGUAUUUAAAUUGUUUUUGUUUUACUAUGGCUAUAUCAAACGCUAUUAGAAACCAGAAGAAACAAAUAAUUUGUCCAGCCCCGAAAACUAUGAACUCUAAGGUGCGGCGACAGCCCCAGUGCGACCUGAAGCAGAACUCCCCAGGGUCAACCAAAGGCCCAUUACGUGUGUGGCGUAAAACAAUUGUGGUGACCAAGCCAAAAGUAAAGCCUCGUGUUCCACGGCUGUUCCGUGCUGAUCGAAAUACUGGCCUGCCGCUGGAUUACGAGCGGACUGUGUCGAGGAUCAUGAGAUACGUCAAUCCGCAGCACUCGCAGAGCCCCAGUCCGGAAAAGAUUCUGGAGGAUCAUAUUACGCGGCAACUGGUUGAGAUUUUCGAAUUGUGUAACUGCAACAACAAUUUUCCUUGCCUCCUAGCGAAACAUAGACUCUCGAAAUCGUACGCAUGUGGGCCGAAGAGCCCGAAGAAUUGUGUCUACACGGACAAUAUGAAGCUGUCGGAGUUUCACUGUGCCUGCAAACGUGGUCCAGCAGCAAGGCCUGAGCUACAAGCAUCCCGCCCCACAUACAAAAGCAAAUUCAACUACAACACCCUAAGGAUUCACACCAAGUAGCAAUUGGAUGAAGGUGGACAGAUGCCGCCGACUAUGUCUACGUUUAUAAACACUUUCUAGAGAUUAUUGAAAUUCAUGCCAUGGAUUUUCUAUUCUGCUAUAAAUGUCCGAACAUAUGUAUAUAUA